AUGAGGUCGGUGCCGGCCCGGCGGCGGCUCUGCCUCUCCCCCUCCCCAGGCCCGUGCGGGGGAGGCGGGAUGUGCCCCCGCUGGAACGCGGCGAGCCUCCCUGUCCUGGGCCUGGCACUGCGGAGGGGUAACCGCGCCUUCUCCCGGCGCCGCGGCUGCCGACAUUGCCCUCGGGAGAUGGGGCUGUCAGCGCCUUCGUUCACCAGCCGUGGAAGAGGCUGUGUCAUUUCCUUGCAGGGUGAACCUGUCAGAGUGCUGGUGACUGGAGCAGCCGGGCAGAUUGCUUACUCCCUGCUCUACAGCAUUGCCAAGGGCGAUGUCUUCGGCAAAGACCAGCCUCUUAUUCUUGUGCUGCUGGACAUCACUCCUAUGAUGACGGUUCUGGAAGGUGUGGUGAUGGAGCUGCAGGACUGUGCUCUGCCACUGCUCAGAGAGGUCAUUCCAACAGACAAGGAGGAAGUUGCAUUCAAAGAUCUUGACGUAGCAAUUCUGGUUGGCUCCAUGCCAAGGAGAGAGGGCAUGGAGAGGAAGGAUUUACUCAAAGCAAAUGUGAAAAUUUUCAAGUCUCAGGGUGCAGCCUUGGACAAGUAUGCCAAAAAGACUGUCAAGGUUGUGGUUGUUGGGAAUCCAGCCAAUACCAACUGCCUGAUUGCAUCAAAGUCAGCCCCAUCCAUACCAAAGGAAAACUUCAGCUGCUUAACUCGUUUGGAUCACAACAGAGCCAAAUCUCAGAUUGCUCUGAAACUUGGUGUGACUGCUAAUGAUGUGAAGAAUGUCAUCAUCUGGGGCAACCACUCUUCCACUCAAUAUCCUGAUGUUAACCAUGCGAAGGUAAAUGUGAAAGGAAAGGAAGUUGGAGUCUAUGAAGCCAUAAAAGAUGACAGCUGGCUGAAGGGAGACUUUAUCCUGACUGUUCAGCAACGUGGAGCAGCUGUUAUUAAGGCCAGGAAGCUGUCCAGUGCUAUGUCAGCUGCCAAAGCUAUCUGUGAUCAUGUGAGGGACAUCUGGUUUGGCACUCCAGCGGGGGAGUUUGUUUCGAUGGGAGUAAUUUCUGAUGGCAAUUCUUAUGGUGUUCCUGAAGACCUGCUAUAUUCAUUCCCUGUUGUGAUCAAGGACAAGACCUGGAAGUUUGUUGAGGGUCUUCCUAUUAAUGAUUUUUCUCGUGAGAAGAUGGAUCUUACCGCUAAGGAGUUGGCUGAAGAGAAGGAGACUGCUGUGGAAUUCCUCUCCAGUGCAUGACUAGGUCAGGAGGAAAUACAAAAUCAUUUAAGAGUGGAAGAAUCGAAAAGCCGUCUGUAGGUCUGCUACCAAACACCACUUCUGUAUGCAAGUCAACUGUCUGUGGCCAUUGUGCAUUUUAAGGUUCAUAUGCUUACUGGUACUGUCGUGCCUCUUGAGUUAUUAGCAAAAUAUUAUUAAAGAAGUAAAACUAGUUUGUUGACCAAA